AUUACGAUUUAUCCAACUUGAAGCAUCCAAGCUACACAGGUCAUUUUUGAGUUUGAGCUUGAGCCCGGAUACAAAGAAUUGAUCGAUAAAGAAAGAAUCUAAAUAGCCGUGUGAACAUUUCGCUUAUCAAUUGUUGCCAUCUCUUUAUCACCAACAUUUUUAACUAUAACAUUUCUCAGGUUUUUUGUGAAUUUUGUUUCGUUUUAGAAGAUAUAGAAUUAAUAUUAGAAUUAAUUCAUCUUGAAAGUAUCACCGAUUAGCCAAUGUACCUGAAAUUGAAAUUAAAAUGAAUGAAUCGGAUCCCCUCAAAGUGGAGAAUUUAACGAAUGGUGAGGUCGAUAUGCAACAAAAUGAAGAAUACGAGCAUCAAUACACUACGCAUUCAUCCUUAAACGAUUUUUCAAAUCUUGGUGCUAUGAAUGUCUGCGGACUAUGUGGAGCUCUUGGAAAAUUAUUCAUUCAAGUUGAAGAAAACAUAGAACUAACAUCAUACAUCAAGAAAUAUAUGCCUUUCGUCAACAUGCAGAAUCAUUUUUCUGAUUGUAUUUGCUAUCAGUGUUCCUCACAAUUGAAUUCUUGGAAUGGGUUUUAUCGCAAUUGUUCCACGGUCAAUUCAAAAUUUAAUCCGGAGUCAUCAGCUCUAGCUCCAGGAACUGAGCGCCGAAGAUCGAACAAGAAACAGAAUAUUGCAUCGAAUUCAGAUCCUGAAAAUCCUGUUGAUAAGAUAUGUGAAAGCUACAAUUGUUUGGAGGAGAAUCCUUCUACAGAAAACAUCACUCGCACUAUGAACAUCUUAACGGAUUGUUUGAAAUCAUUAAUAGCACAACUGAAGACAGUCCCAUCGAUCUCGACCGAUAAAAAUCCGCGUGGAGUAUCACUAAUUGGUGGUGAUAAUGAAGACGACGAGAAUAGCUCUGAAUUCUUAAGAAUGGUCAGACCGGUUGACGUGAUUGAGGUGGAUUUAUCAGAAUCUGAUAUUGAUAACGAUACCAAAAGUACAAAGCCACUGAAAAGAGUUCAUCAAGUGCAAUCACAUCAUGGUGUUGUAUUUUAUGAUGAAGAUGGAUACGCCUAUCGUGUGAACAAAAAACAACCUGGCAAACUGUAUGUGCGUUGUUCCGACAACAAAUGUCCUGUUCGAGGAAGCAUAUUUGGAAAUUCAUUUCGAUGCAAUAAACACACUCAUAAUCAUCCACCUUGUGUUUCUCAAGAUGGAAGAUUUCUCAAGCCUAAAGAGAGAGUCAUUGAAGUUGGAGUUUGGGCCUAAAAUCUACCAACUAUGUGAGCUUUUUUUAUGCUGUCUAUUUUUAUGUUUAUAUGUAUUUAUUAUAUUUGUAUUCCUGAGAGCAAUUUCUUUUCCUACGAAGUUAAUAUGUAUAACCAGCUUCAAAUUUGUACUACUUAUAUUUCCUUUAAUGUUGUUGGUCUGAUUAUAUUCCAAUAAAUAUGUUACGUAUGUUGAUUCUCAA